GCGUCCCAGAGCUUGGCUGCACUCGGCAUAAUGCUGGGGAGGAAACCCAAGGUCUGCGAUUGCUGUCUUUGACAUGCAAAAAGAAGAAAAGCGCUUGCUUGUCUGCCUUGUGUCACGCCUCCUGUUGUUUUAUUUUUUGCUUUCGAUCUCCCCCACUUUGCCGGCAGCAUCGCCGUCGUCGGGGAGGAAUAAGUGGACGGAGAGAUCUGCACGCGUGCCGCUCAAUUGUUAUUAUUUUGGCAAUGUUAUGUUACUGUGCAUAUCGCAAAACGCUGCCAUUGAACUCUACCUUGCACUCCUGAAUGGCCUGGCGGACGCGACUGUGGCCAAGAAAAGGUUGCGAUCGGGGCAGCCCACGGAAAUAAUAAUAAACAAAUAAGAAAAAAAC